AAGUUUGUUUUUUAACUUUAUGGUCCGCGUAGGAGCCUACAACAGGUAACAUUUAAACAUGAACACUUUUAAACAUAACAUGUGUUGUGUACAAUAUACAUUAACAAUUUAAAUUGCCCACUCUGGCAGUUAGGCCUAUUCAAGUUUUUAUUUUUUGUUUUUAAUAUGUUUUUUUUCUUCUUUAGCUUUGUUUUAACCUUAUGGUCCACUUAGGAGCCUAAAACAAGUCACAGUUAUAUAUGAACAUUUUUAACUAACACUUUUUUUGUGAUGAUGUUAACUAGUCUUGCUCUAAUUGCAGGUGUGGAGGGAGGUCUGAAGCCAAAAACACAGACAGGCUGUGCUAGCUCACAGAACCAGUGACUCUUCAUCGUCACUCAGGCUCUCCACUGCAGGUUCAGCUGAAGGAGCUGCCUUGAAUGAAUAAGCAGGAUGGAGUUCAGGGUUUGCAAGGACAUCCUGUUCCUGAGUUUGGUCUUCACCACACUCAUCUGGCUGAACACUCUCUCAACUUCAGCAUUUGAGUGUGGCAAAGACAACACAGCCACAGCAGCCAUGGCGAGUUCCUGGAAUGGAUUGAGACCAGCUGCGUCCCUGAACCUCCAAAUCUCACUCCAGAAGCUCAGCGUGUUCUUUUUCUCAGUCCAGACACUUAGGUGGAUGGUACGCCAUUGCUGGACAAUCUUGUCUAUUGCUUCAGGCAGUCUCAUCCUCAGCUCAUUGGUGAGGGAGAUAGUGAAGGCGACACACCGUUUUCUGACAUUCUGCUCAUCGUCAGGCGCAAGGUGGAGCUCAGCUGCCUUUGAAUCAAAAAGGAAACCGAGGUAUGGAACAGGACUUAUGUAUCCAUCGAGAGGCCCUUUCAAGACAUCCACCUUUGCCAGUGGAUUCAGGACCCUGCUGCUCACAGACUUAAUGAGGCUCACCAAGCUGUCAAGUAGCUUGAGAGGAUCGACCUGCUCUCCCUCAAACGCUUUCAUGGCCAACUGUACCUCUCCCAGCACUGACUUCAGAAAGGUACUCCACACUGCGUGGGAUCGUCUCAUUCGAUGCAUGGGUGACAGCAAGCUGCAGGGAGUGACACACUCAACGGAUGAGGACCAGAUCUUUAAGGCCAUACUCAUGUUUGAGCACUGCAUGGACCCCAUUAUUUAUCCCUGUCAUUACAGAGGCAUUGUCAAUCCCUAUCCCAAGGAGCUUCUCUUUAACAAGAGAGCACUUUUCUAAAAAAAAAGCCACCACAGCACGGGCAAUAGAAUGUGCAUCUCCUCCCUCCAGCUAAACAAGCCCCAGAAAUGUAGAUACCACUGUCCCUUUAGUUUCACUAAAGUAUCUGAUGACAACACCCAGGUACUUAGACACACUGAUGUCUGUGGCCUCAUCGAGGAGGAGGCUAAAAUGCUGCUCACCCACAUCUGCCACCAACUUUUUCAAGAAGUAAGGUGCUAGGACACCAUUGAUCAUUUCAGUGCACUUAGUCCUGUGCAUUCUGAAAUGCGUAGCAGCAGCGGAGUCAGAAAAGGCUGACCUACAUGCUUCCCCAAUGUGGUCACAUGCUAGGAGGGAGCAGUGUUCAGCAAUGGCUAAUGCUAUGGUAGCCUCAGCCUUUUUGGAGCUAUCAAUUUUGCCUACCAUAAAUGGCAGCGUUGUUUGUGCUGCUAAGUUAUAAGGCUUUGCCUUUUGAAUGUGUUUUAGGGUUGUACUGUGUUUCUUCACAUCACUGAUUUUAGCAUAGAAAUCCACUUUGCAGUAAUGGCAGUAUGCUCGUCCAAUAUCUCCAAUAAAUGGCUUUAACCAUCCCUUAAAA